AUGGCUCUGGGCAAUGUUUCUUUCAUGACUCAGUUUAUUUUGAUGGGAUUGACAGACCAACCAGAUCUCCAGCUCCUGCUCUUCUUCCUCUUUCUAGUAAUAUAUGUGGUCACUGUGAUGGGAAAUUUGGGCUUGAUCAUCCUUAUUGGGCUGAGUUCACACCUACACACGCCCAUGUACUUUUUCCUCUUUAACUUGUCCUUCAUAGAUCUCUACUUCUGUUAUUCUUCUGUAUUUACACCCAAAAUGCUGAUUAACUUCAUAUCAAAGAAGAAUAUUAUUUCUUACAUGGGGUGCAUGACCCAGCUCUACUUCUUCUGUUUUUUUAGCCUUUCUGAAUGCUAUGUGCUGACAUCAAUGGCCUAUGACCGCUAUGUGGCCAUCUGUAAGCCACUUUUGUAUAAUGUUGUUAUGUCCCCUAAAGUGUGUUCCAGCCUUAUGUUUGGUUCAUACUUGAUGGCGUUUUCUGGUUCCAUGGCUCACACUGGAUGCAUGCUGAGACUGACCUUCUGUGAUGCAAACACCAUCAACCAUUAUUUCUGUGAUAUCCUCCCUCUGCUCGAGCUCUCCUGCACAAGUAUCUAUGUCAGUGAGCUGGUAGUCUUCAUUGUAGUGGGCAUCAAUAUCAUUGUGCCCAGUCUCACCAUCUUUGUCUCUUAUGGUCUCAUCCUCACCAACAUCCUCCACAUCAGCUCCACAGAGGGCAGGUCCAAAGCCUUCAGCACCUGCAGUUCACACAUCAUUGCUGUUUCUCUCUUCUUUGGAUCAGGGGCAUUUAUGUAUCUCAAACCACCUUCUGCUAUGGAUGAGGGGAAAAUCUCUUCUGUCUUUUACACCAAUUUGAUUCCUAUGAUGAACCCACUAAUCUACAGUUUGAGGAACAAAGAUGUUAAACUUGCUCUGAGACAAACCCUAAGUAGGAGACAGUUUUAA